AUGACGACCCCAGACGGCGCUUUGCGCGAAGUUCGCGUCACCAAAGCCGUCGGGGACAUCGACUGUGAAGGUGACGACAGACCCACCGAAAAUGGCUUUGUCAAGAUUUUGAAUUGCCAUGUCACAAAAGGAGUUUACGCGGAACGUCUUGUGCGAAGCUGGAACGAUUUUGAUGCAGCCGUUGAAAAUGGAUCGGAAAACAGAACACCGGAGCGCUUCGAAGAAGAGCAAAAGUACCUGGUGGUCGUGUUGUCCGAUGGCGGCACCGACCUUGAGCACUUUGGGGUCUCGAGUUGGGAGCAGGCUGCAAGCAUCCUUUGGCAGGUCGUCACCUCAUUGGCUACUGCAGAGGAGCAGAAACAAUUUGAGCAUCGUGAUCUGCACUGGGGAAAUGUGCUCGUUCGAUCAACACCCCACACGGCUCAGGACCAGCACUCGAUCGCAACAUUGAGCCAGCCUUCUGCAACAGGCGUCGAAGCGAUUAUCAUUGAUUUCACCCUAUCUCGCAUCAACGUCGGCCCGAAACAAAACGUCUACGAACAGCUCUCCGACGAACAGCUCUUUGGCGGUACCGGAGACAUGCAGUUUGAUGUCUACCGUCAGAUGCGCGACGCAACGCAAUCAGAUUGGGAAGGGUUCUAUCCUAUCACUAAUGCGUUAUGGCUGCGCUACCUCGUCGAUAAGCUUUUGCACGCGAAAGGCCUGAAGGAACCUGUGGUUUCUGGCCGCCGCAAAGCGCAUGCAGCGGAAAGCUUUGCGUACAAUAGUCUGAGAGACGCUCAGCAGCAGCUUGCAUCAGUCAAGCCCGAUGAUUGUGGCUGCACUUCCGCAAAGGAAUUGCUUCACUGGGCCGUGUCGCGCAACAGCAGCAGUAAAUAG